UGAAAGAGCUGCCCGCGCUGCGAAAGAAAACAAGCUGCUAUUGACAGACUGCAAAGUGAUCUUGAAGAAAAAAAGCCCAGUUGAAAGAACUUAGUGAACGGUUUGAGCAUUUCAAAAAGGAAAAGGGAGAGCAAUAGGUUGCUUGCGUCUUAAAGAAGGAUAAACAUGUGUUUUUCUGCUGAAAACUUCCGUAAACAGGACCAUUUAAUUCCAUUUUACACAGGUAUUGUAAACUGGACUGUGUUUUUGCAGUUUAACUUUAUUGUCAGUAGAUGUAAGGAUAUGAAAUACUGGAGAUCUGACAUUAAUGCAGAUGAAAAUCACCAGCAUGAGCCUGAUCAGCUACGUCAAGGAAGACCUCGAAGUUUGUCGAUGCUUGAUGAGUAUUUUCUAACUCUUGUCAGAUUAAGACAUGCCUUCCCAGAGGAGCAUCUAGCUUACCUUUUUAAAAUGUCAAUGUCAACAGUUUCAAGAAUAUUCCUUUCUUGGAUUAACUUGUUGUACUUUGAAUUGGGAUCCAUUCCCAUCUGGCAGAGCAAAGACCUAAUUGAGGAAACUAUGCCCAUUCCUUUUAAAGAAAGGUACCCAGCCACCAGGUGCAUUUUGGACUGUACAGAAAUCAAGAUUUGCAAACCAUCAUCCUUGCGAGCUCAAAGUCAGUGUUUUUCCUCUUACAAAACCACUACAACUAUGAAGGAAUUGUUAGGAAUUGCACCCUCUGGUGCUCCUGUAUUUAUUUCUGAUCUUUACACUGGUAGUAUUUCAGAUAAGGACAUCACAAAUUCAAGUGGAAUUCUAGAGCUGUUGGAAAAGGGUGAUGACUGCAUGGCAGAUAAAGGAUUUAACAUUAAAGAUCUACUGGAACCAAUUGGAGUGACUUUAAAUAUACUUCCCUUUCUUUUUGAUAAAGUCCAGUUUAACGAGGAAGAAGUUGAAAAUACACAGUCAUUAGCUAGUGUUCGCAUCCAUGUGGAAAGGGCUAUAAGUAGAAUCAAAAUGUACAAAAUCAUUACCAAUGUUGUGCCCCUGUCUCUGGCAGGGGUGUUAAAUCAGAUUUGGACAAUCUGUUGCAUGCUGUUAUUAUUUCAGUCCCCAGUUAUUGACCAGGAAAAGUAUGAGGAAGACUGAUCAUUCUGGUCCAUUGUGUCUGGAUUUAUUGUAAAAAAAUUAAACACCUUCUAUUAUGUAAAAUCACAACAGUUAAGAGAUUCAGAAGUAUGUUUCUUUCCCUUAUAUUUUGCACAAAAACAUGCUUGUACAUGAGACAAAUUUACACUUUGCAUGCUGUUUGUCAUCAGUUAUCUGCUUAUU